AAUCUGAUCGAAACCGUGAGUGAGAGUGCAGAGGGAGGGAUGGUGUCACACGAAUUCUCACCACGUAGGCUUCUUGUUUUAUUCUCCAAGGAGGAACGCUUUUAAUACAACAUCUUUGAGAUCCUGCAGCCCCCCCCACCCCCCCUUUCUCUCCCUCCCUGUCGCUCUCUUUGUCUCCAGCAUCCCUCCCGUUCCAGAAGAGGAGGCGGCGGCGGCGGCGGCGAAGGAAGGGAAGGAGAGGAGCGAGAGGAAAGCAAAGGAAAAGAAAGGAGGUGCGCCCGCCCCGCCGUACCUGACACCUCCAAGCGAGCGCCUCGUGCGCACAAUUGGAGCUGGCUUCGGCUUGGUGUCUCUCUCGGCCCACUUGCUCCAUCCAAUAGUUCCCCGACAUCGCUCUCUCUCUCUCUCUCUCUCUCUCUCUCUCACGAUAGUGAAGGAGUAGCGAUGCAGUGUUCCCCUGGCGGAUUUUCUUGGAUUAGGCUAGAGAGGAUGCUUGUCCUGGUGCUGUGUGUGCUGCCGGUGGCACCGGCUCUGAGCGGAACAACCGGGCCUGCCCUGGACAGAAGCUGCGCCGACCUGCGCCAGUUCUACACCGGCAAGGGCUUCACGCUCGCCGGAGUACCUCAAACGGAGACCUCCGGUGAACAUCUCAGGACCUGUCCUCAAGGGCCAACCUGUUGUACCAAUAGCAUGGAGGAGAACCUGGAGGCUCUAAGUGCACGAGAGACAGAGGUGCUGAUCAAAGAGGCCGGCAGGUCACUGCAGGCUGCCUUCAACACGCUCUACAGAAGCUUUGACACCUAUUUCACUGAGCUGCACGGUCGCUCUGAACGCUCCCUCCAGGAGGCGCUAUCUCCUCUCGGUGCCCUAUACUCCCAAAAUACAAGACUCUAUGGCGAUUUGUACUCUGACCUGAAACAGUACUACCGCGGCUCAGCUCUUAACUUGGACGAGACCUUGACUGAAUUCUGGUCACGCCUUCUGGAACGCACCUUUAAAAGCUCCACGCCGAGAGAGGUCACCCUGUCCGAGGACUACCUCGAGUGUGUUGCUAAGCAACAAGAGACCUUGCGACCAUUUGGCGAUGUCCCGCGGGAUAUGAAAGCAAAGGUUAUUCGGGCCUUUGUCACAGCCAGGUCAUUUGUCCAAGGGCUGAUCAUCAGUGGGGAGGUUGUCAGGAAGGUUUCACAGGUUCCUCUGAGUCCAGAAUGUGUGAAGGCCUUGGUGAAACUGGUCUACUGCCCGCACUGCCGUGGCCUGGCCUCCGUCCAACCUUGCGUCAACUACUGCUCCAACGUCAUGAAGGGCUGCCUGGCAAACCAAGCUGAUCUGAAUCCCGAGUGGCACAAUCUUAUAGAUACCAUGAUCCAGGUGGCAUCGAGUUUCAGCACCGAGCCCGGUCUGGAUGUGGUCCUGUCGUCCAUCCCCUCUCAGAUCUUUCAGGCUGUCCGCUUGCUAAAGGAAAACAUUGACACCUUUUCAGCCAAAGUGUACCAAACGUGCGGCACUCCAGUUGAGUCAGGCACAGAAAGUCCAACGCUUGUUGAGCCAAAGAAAAAGAAGAGCGGUCCUCUGACAGCUUCAGAAUACAAAGCCUCUCCUACUGCGGGCCUCAGACUUGAGAUGCAGGUGUCGGAUCUCUCCAGUAAAUUGAGGGAAAUGAGACAGUAUUGGCUGCAGCUCCCCAUCGCGCUUUGCAGUAAGUUGUCAACAGGCGGCGCCGACAAGGAGAAAUGCUGGAACGGCAUUACGAAAGCCAGAUACCUUCCUGAAGUGAUGGGGGACGGCUUGGCUAAUCAGAUCAACAAUCCAGAGGUGGAGCUUGACAUCACCAAGCCAGACAUGACCAUCCGGCAACAAAUCAUGCAACUCAAAAUGAUGAGCAACAGGCUGAAAAAUGCCAUGGACGGCAACGAUGUGGAUUUCCAGGACGCAAGCGACGACAUCAGCGGCUCAGGGAGCGGCACGUGCCUAAGCGGUCAGUGUACUCGAAGCAGACCAGGACUUUAUGCGGACCCUCAAGACACCGAGCAAGUCAAAGGUGCGGCCACGUGUCGAGGCCGCCGCCGCCCGUGGAGCCUCCUAUGGCUGCUCCCGUCGGCCGGCCUGCUACUUUUUGCUCGAUGAUGCUCUGCCACCUGCGAGACUCUGAGGUGCAGAGAAGGACCGCAUCAUCAUACGGGAGCUGGAGGAAGAGGAACAGAACAGUCCAUUCAAGAACGUUGGUGAAGAGGAUCAGAAAGUGGCACCUACAACAGUCUUUGUUUGCUUUUUGUGCUGUCACUAUAGUUUGAUUGUAUUUGUUGAGCUGGCUUCAAUGAAUUCCAAGAAAGAGAAUGAUGAAACAACCAAGUUACAAAAGAGGAGUGAAUGGUGACAUCCUACAAGGUCUUUUGUGCUCCACUCACCAGGGACUGAGCUCAGUGACAAAUGCAGCCGUGCGUUCAAGGCUUUUUAUUCUUUUCGUUUAAUCCCGUGUUGAGGGUGUGUACCUAAACAACAUUUAGUAUGUAAGAUAGAAAUGUACGCCAGUGCGCAUCUUGUUUGCAUCCCAUGGAAACAAGACAGGCGCCAUGGAUGUGUGUGUAUAUAUAUAUAUAUAUAUAUACAUAUAUAUAUAUAUAUAUAUAUACUACGUUCAUAAUAUAUUGGGAAGGAAUCCCUUAAAACCUGUCAAGUAAGUUUGUGCUGUUUGUUGGCUUAACAAAUGUUUGGCCUACACAGCAAUGAACACCUGCCUUAAAUGUUGUGAUUGCAAAUGUUAUCGUUCUCAUCACCUCAUCAAAACUCUUACAAAGCCCAGAUAAGCAAUUUCCUAAAAUCCCUGAUUUGAUUUUGCUGCUAUUUCAAAAAACGUCACAUGAUUCUGCCGCUUUUAGUCGCCAAACGGAGCACAUAUCUAUGUCACAACACACAACCCAAGGGGGGAUUUUUGGUGGACAUCAUAAGGGCACACCGAAGCCAUCCGAAAACAAAAACUCUUUACUAACGACACUCCCUUGCUUAUUUUUCACGGAGCAGAACUACAACACUGGGUGGAACGGGCUCCAAGUUUUUUAUGAUCAAUGAUGAAGACUUGUGACUGGGUAAACUCAAAUGAGCUCUUUAUAAUUGUUGGAAGAUCCACAGUGCACACAGCAAGGUAAAAUGUAAAAUAUACUUUGCAAGACCAAAUAAAAGAAGCAAACAAGUGGAAGUAAAGUCAA